GGAUGAGGCAAGCCAACCGAGUAUUCUGGACCUAGGGACGGGUAAUGGUAGCAUGUUAGCGCUAUUACGCAAACGAGGCGGGUUCAGGGGUGAUAUGGUGGGGGUGGAUUAUUCGAUUCGGAGUGUGGAGUUGGCGAGAGAGUUGCAGAGGUUGAGGAUUCAUUCGGCGUAUUUGUCGGAUUCGGAGGAGGAUGGAUCUGGAUCUGAGGAUGGGAAUGGGGAUGGGGAGAAGGGGGAGGAGGGUGGUAGUGGUGGUGGGAAAGAUACGAAUAUCCGGUUCGAGGAGUGGGAUAUUUUGCAUCAUGGGGAUGUUAUCACCACCACCACUGAUGGCCAAGGGGAGAAGGAGAAGGAGAAGAAGUUGGAUUGGUUCCCGUACGACAAAGGCGGGUUUGAUAUUGUGCUUGAUAAGGGGACGUUUGAUGCAGUGUCGUUGUCGGAUGAGGUUGUUGUGGAAGGCGAGGGGGAGGAUAAGGAUAUGGCUGCGUCGGGGAGGAAGAUCCAACGGCGCGUGUGUGAACGGUACCCUGGGAUUGUGAGGGGGUUGGUUCGAAAGGGAGGGUUUGUGGUGGUUACGAGUUGUAAUUGGACGGAGGAGGAGUUGGUUAAUUGGUUUACUUCUUCUUCUACUUGCACCAGUGGUGGUGGUGGUGGUGAGGGAGAUCGGUUGGUGGUUUGGGGUCGGGUUGAGUAUCCUCGAUUUAGAUUCGGGGGGAGAGAAGGUCAGGGGGUUUGUACGGUGUGUUUUCAGAGAGUGGAGGGGGAGAAGGAAGCUUAGAUGUGGGCUGGGUUGGGUUGGAUUUAGAAUAGAAGAUAUCAAAUAGAUCAAUGGGUUGGUGGUUGCUUUUGGUUGGUUGGGCAUGCAGGUGGCGUUUCUAGGCAUGGCUCUGUGUAAUGAAUGAGAUGGUAUAGAUGGAGGGUAUGGAUGGUUUCUGGAGGUGUUGGUCUAGAUUACUAUAAAUGCAAAUAGACCAUUAUUAUAAUCGGG